AUGUCACUCAUAAAUCUCUUCCUCUCCAUUUUAUUCCCGUGGUCACUCCUAUACGGUAUCCGCUAUCUGCGCGUACGAUACUGGCCUAGCACAUCUUCGCUUCCCCUAACGCUCAAUCCACGCCAUGCCAUCAAACGACGCCAAGUUUUCUAUGACCAUAUAUCUUGGUCUAGUUCUACUCUAGACAUUGGCCUACUAUGGCUCAAGUACGAGACGAAACGGUGGAACUCGCUCUUCGCACCAUCUUUCGUCUUUGCCUUUGGAGGCGAGACAAAUGCAGCAUCCAGUCACACGUUACGCGCUCGUCUGAGAAAGGCACUCCAUGUAUUCUACACCGUCGGGGCUGCGGUGUCAAUCGGUCUAUUGACUGUCGGCAUGGUGCUCCUUACAUGGAGCGCCUUUGGUGUGAUAUGGAGGAUGCUAGCAUGGCUAGGGAGGGGCGAUACACAGAAGAAAGGUUUGCACAAGCGGGAUUCACCCCUCCCUCAAACGGAAAGUGAUGGUGCCGGGCUACACGCAUUGAUCCCAGGAGUCACUGUUCCACUCUCAGAUCUCCCAAUAAUUCUCUUGGUUCUAUGCCUCACUGGCGUUGUUCACGAGAUUGGACAUGGAAUCACGGCGACCUUAGAGUCUGUUCGCGUCACUUCGACCGGUUUCCAUCUCCACAUCGCCAUUCCGACAUUCUUCGUCUCCCUCUCUCCUUCAUCCGUCGGGACCCUCCCCAAUGCUGCCCGUCUACGCAUCGCAACUGCCGGGGCGUGGCAUAACAUCAUUACCUGGGGUGUCCUUGUUCUUUUUGGCUCUUCUACACUCUCCGCCAUUCUGGGAAUGUUCCCGUUUGCUUCAUUCUCGACUAACUCUUCCAACUCGCCCUUUGGCGAAGAUAAUUGCAAACCGACGAGCGACUGUACGAAGCCUCCUACGAUUCCUUCUGCAUGGGAUCAGUCCAGGCCAUCCAGAAUCUGGUCAUUGCUAGGAUAUCGGAAUAUGCAACUGCGCGGACUCGUUGUGGUAGACGUUUCUCUGGAUUCUCCUCUAGUAGAUUAUAUACCCGUUGGGAGUGUGGUUACCAAAAUUGACGACCUACGACUUGGUGGAACGGGCCUAGUCGGACAGUCAUCCCCGACUGGGAUGCACCGGUGGUAUAGUCACCUCACGAGGUCUGUAGAGCAAGAAGUGAAGGGGAUUCAAGAAGACUCUGGAUGGUGCGUUCCAGAGUCUUGGCAUCAUCAGCAACCGACGGCGUGCUGCUCCGCAGCCACUGCCAACUCGACGGGCUCAUGCUUUUCCACCCGAGAAGCAGCUACUGUAACCAAUACUACUGCCCGUCGGUGUCUUGAUCCUUUGCCACUCUUUACGUAUCAACACAGACUUUCGCGAGGACAAGAAGGAUCAAAUCCAUCCGCUAUAAAUACGACCGCGACAUCUUCGGCUUACGGCGCGCGAUGUCAUGUGGUGUGUCUCCGCCCGGACGGCGACUCUACGACAUAUGCUUGCGUACGACCGCAUAUAAACCCAACACUUGAUGCAUCCGAACGGCUCCUGCGAAUCGAGUUCGAGGAACCACCCUGGAUGCGCUCCACAUCACGGUCAUCUAGCGUGCCCGAUUCAAUCACCAAUCAUUUUGCUGGUCCCAAUGAAGUCAAGACACUACCGCGGAUACCGACAAGGCUGAUUGUCUAUAAAGGACCAACCGUAGACGUACUGAAUCAGGUGACGGUGGGGUAUCUCCAACCGCGGACCUAUCUCUUCCCGCCCAUAUCACUUCCCAAUUUGAUGCGCGUCCACCUACCGCUCAUGUUCGGGCGGUUCUUGGAUUAUACUGCACGUCUCAGCUUGAGUCUCGCCUUUUUCAAUCUGUUACCCGUUCAGGGACUUGAUGGAGGCGUAGUACUCGCCUGUGUUCUGCACUGGUUGCUGAUAGGCAGAGACGGCACGAGGCCAGGGGAAGAAUUCGAUAUCGAAAUGUUGGAGCAAGGAGAGAGCCCGAGGUCAAGAGUUCGCCGAAAUGCCGUUUGGGACGAAGCGAAAGUGGGAAAGUUAGAACGGAUCACGAGCUGGACGUGUCUUGGAUUAGGCGCUCUUGUCGUGCUUGCUACCGUGUGGAAAGAUGUAACAUGA